UGCGCAUAUGUUAUAAAUAAAUGAGCGCCAGAUUCGAGGGCUGCUGUUUAAAACAUCAACAAUUCAUCACAUGCAUGAUUCUACGAUUUAAAAUAACUGUGUAAAUCAGUAUGCAUAUAAAGACGGUCGUGAUCGACGGCUUCAAGUCCUACGCACAAAGGACUGAAGUCAGUGGCUUCGAUCCCCUCUUCAACGCAAUCACGGGUUUGAAUGGAAGUGGAAAGUCUAACAUUUUGGACUCGAUUUGUUUUCUUCUCGGCAUUACAAAUUUGUCUCAUGUGCGUGCAACAAAUUUACAAGAACUGGUGUACAAGAAUGGUCAAGCUGGUAUCACAAAGGCAACUGUCAGCAUUACAUUUGAUAACAUGGACAAGAAACAGAGUCCUCUUGGAUAUGAACAGUAUAAUGAGUUCACUGUCACAAGACAGGUUGUGAUAGGUGGCAGGAAUAAAUAUCUCAUCAAUGGUAGCAAUGCUAACAACACCCGAGUCCAGGACUUGUUCAGGUCUGUCCAGCUAAAUGUCAACAACCCACACUUCCUCAUCAUGCAGGGGCGGAUAACUAAAGUCCUCAAUAUGAAACCUCCUGAGAUUUUGUCUAUGAUUGAGGAGGCAGCAGGAACUAGAUUGUACGAGAGUAAAAAGGAAGCAGCUCAAAAAACCAUUGAGAAAAAGGAUGCUAAAUUAAGAGAAAUUGAUAUGAUUUUAAAAGAAGACAUUGCACCAACUCUUAGUAAGCUGAAGGAGGAGCGAUCAUCUUAUUUGGAGUAUCAGAAGAUUAUACGGGAGUUAGAACAUCUUAACAAACUCUACAUAGCCUACCAGUUUGUUUGUGCUGAGGAAAGGAGAAAGAAAUCAGCUGAAGAAUUGUUAGAGAUGCAGGAAGGGAUCAAGUCUCUGAAGGACAGGAUGGUGGAGAUUGAUGGUAAAGUUAAAGAAUUGGAUGGAGUGAUUGAUGCUCUACAGCGUAAGAGGGACCAAGAGUCGGGUAGUGUGAUGCAAAAGUUAGAAGAAAACCUAAAUGAACAGAAGAAAGCAGAGGCUCGGGCACAGAGUGCCAUAGACAACAAGAAGGAAGGCCUGAAAGCAGAGCAGAAAAAGCGAAAAGAGCUCACCAAACACUCCGAGGAGGACAAAAAAGCACUGCAAGCCAAGGAGAAAGAGUGUGGUAAGGUGGAUGGUACGCUGGAGAAGCUACAGGAGCAGAGUAAGAGUGACCAGGAGGCUCAUGUGGCAGCCCAGAAACACUACCAGGCUGCAACCUCUGGUCUAUCUAAAAAUAUAGAUGGAGAGGAUGCCAGUCUUAACGACCAGCUCAUGACUGCCAAGAAUGAGAUCAGUACAGCAGAGACAGAGACAAAGCAAGCUCAAAUGAGGCUAAAACAUGCCCAACAAGAGAUCAAGAAGAAGCAGGCAGACCUGAAGAAAACUGAACAGGGGUACAAAAAGGACCAAACCGCUUAUGAAGCUAUUGCCAAAAACAUGACUGCCCUUGAGGCAGAGAUGAAGAAGUUAGGAUUUGAAGAAGGUAAAGAUGACAAGUUGUCUGCAGAGAGGAGAAGCCUCGGUCAGGAAGUUCAGCAGUUACAGGAGAAACUGGAGACCCUGGAGGCUAGAUUUCCACAACUGCAGUUUGAGUACAGAGAUCCUGAGAAGAACUUUGACAGGAGUAAGGUGCAUGGACUUGUAUGUAAACUGAUCAAGGUCGUGGAUGUGAGGAACGCCACAGCUUUGGAAGUCUCUGCUGGAGGGAAGUUGUACAAUGUGGUCGUAGACACAGAGGUGACUGGCAAGAAGCUGCUACAGAAGGGAGAGUUACGUCGACGCUACACAAUCAUUCCUCUCAACAAGAUAUCUGCACGCAGUAUCAACACUGACACCGUCAAGCGUGCUGAACAACUGGUUGGGAAGGACAAUGUAAACACUGCUCUGUCUCUGAUUGGGUAUGAGAAGGAUCUUAAAGCUGCCAUGGAGUUUGUGUUUGGCUCAGCCUUUGUAUGUAAGGAUAUGGAUACUGCCAAAAAAGUCACCUUUGACGAGAGGGUGAUGAAGAAAUCCGUGACAUUAGAGGGCGACUCAUUUGAUCCUGCUGGCACACUCACUGGAGGUGCCCGGGCUCAGACCAGUUCUAUCCUGGAGAAACUACAAGCAUUCCAGGACAUUCAAGGGGAGCUCCACACCAAACAACAGAGACUGUCCGAGGUGGAGCGGGAACUGAAUGCUCUCACUAAGACUGCAGAGAAAUUUACAAGCAUGAAGCAAAAAUAUGAUCUGAAAGUGCAAGAAGCAGAACUUGUGAAAGCAAGAUUGGAGCAGAGUUCUCAUCACCAACAGCUUGAGGAGAUCAAUGCUCUGCAAGCCUCCAUAGAGGAACAAGAGGAGCUGCUGAAGAAAGCUAAGGAGACACAGGACAAGGCAUCUAAGAAGGUGAAGGACCUGGACAACAAGAUCAAGAAUGCCAAGGCUGUGAGGGAGCAGGAACUCAAGGAGGCCCAGGAGGCCGUCACAAAGGCCAAGAAAAAGAUGGAGGAAUCCAGCAAACUGAUGAAGGAGAAAUACCAGGAGGUAGACAGUCUAAAGCUGGAGAUAGAGGAACUAAAGAAAGGAAUUAAGGGAUACGAGGAACAGCUGGCAACAGUGGCCGAGACCAUUACACAGUAUGAGGCCCAACUAGAGGAACUCGCAGAGAAGGCAAAGGAAAGCAAGGCGUUGGUGAAGGAAGCUCAGUCAGAGCUGAACAAACAGAAGGAACUGUUGAAGACUUGUAAUGCAGAUAUCAACCAGAAGGUGGAGGAGCAGCGUAAUCUUGCCAAGGAGCACCAUGCUGCCGAACUCAAGAUCCAAGAGCUGGAACACAAGAUGUCUAAAUUCCAGAGUGACUCCCAGGCUGCUGCCAGACAGGUUGAAAACCUGCUCCAAUCCUAUCACUGGAUUAUGGACGAGAAGAAAUACUUUGGCCAGGCAAACACUGCCUAUGACUUCAAGGCUAAUGACCCCAAGGAGGCAGAGAGGCGGAUACUGAAGCUGCAGGAGAUGAAGGACAAACUGUCGAAGAAUGUCAACAUGAGGGCAAUGAACAUGUUAGGAAAGGCAGAGGAACAGUAUGCUGACUUGAUAAAGAAGAGAAAGAUUGUACUACACGAUAAAGCUAAGAUUGCUGCAGUCAUAUCAGAACUAGAUCAAAAGAAAAACGAGGCGUUAAAAAAGGCAUGGGAGCAGGUCAACAAGGACUUUGGUUCGAUUUUCUCCACAUUGUUACCUGGAGCGUGUGCCAAACUGAUGCCUCCAGAAGGCCAAUCUGUCCUAGAUGGUUUAGAGGUCAAGGUUGGAUUUGGAGAUGUGUGGAAAGAAUCCCUUGGUGAACUCAGUGGGGGUCAAAGGUCACUGAUCGCCCUCUCCCUGAUUCUGGCCAUGUUGCUGUUCAAACCAGCACCAAUCUAUAUCCUGGAUGAAGUGGACGCUGCUUUAGACAUCUCGCACACACAGAACAUCGGUCAGAUGAUCCGAUCCCACUUCAAACACUCACAGUUUAUUGUGGUGUCCUUGAAGGAUGGUAUGUUCAAUAAUGCCAAUGUUUUAUACAAGACAAGAUUUGUGGAUGGCGUUUCAACAGUGACGCGAUAUGUACAACACUCCAGGUCUGGGUCCUCUUCUGUGGUUGCCAACAAAGAAAAUGAAAAAGUGGUAAACAAGAAAAAACAGAACUCCAAACGUGCGCGACUUGAAGAAAUCACGAACUGACCUAUAUCAGACAACAACAAGGAGAUUUCAAACAAUAAUUGUAAAAGUUGUAUUUCAACAUAUUCUUGUCAUGUGGUUUUAAAGGUUUACUAUGGAACCGGAUGAAAUACCAUAGUUAUCAAUGAAUGUGUUAUUUAUUACAAACUCCACAUGGACAAUUCACAUCCAUAAUUUGUUUGAAUGCACUAUUAUAGACAAUGGGUCAGGGAUAUUUUGUUAUAAUAAGCCUUGGAUUAUUAUUAUAAUGUAAAAAGUUACAUUUAUGAUGUAGGUGUCAUUGUGAACCAUUUUGUACAUUGUCAGACAUCUUGGACAGGACCUUUUGUACAUUGUCAGACAUCUUGGACAGGACCUUUUGUACAUUGUCAGACAUCUUGGACAGGACCUUUUGUACAUUGUCAGACAUCUUGGACAGGACCUUUUGUACAUUGUCAGACAUCUUGGACAGGACCUUUUGUACAUUGUCAGACAUCUUGGACAGGACCUUUUGUACAUUGUCAGACAUCUUGGACAGGACCUUUUGUACAUUGUCAGACAUCUUGGACAGGACCUUUUGUACAUUCAUACGGAUCCUCACUAUAAUAAUAGUAUGAUUGAUUUAAAUCAACACGUGGAGUACGCUCAUUUUUAUCCAAAUUUUUAAUCUUUGUUUCCGCAAAAGUACAAAACUUUAUAUUUCCACUAUUACAUACUAACACUGUUUCGUUAACAUUUCUUUGUUUCUUUCUAUCACUCUUUUUCCCUGACAUUCAGUUUUACACUCAAAACACACAGCAACUCAUUAACAAGUAAAUGCUAGAAAUGGCGAGUGACAUCAUUUCUGAUGAUGAUUUCAAUUACAUAAUUCAGAUCCAGUUUACAGUUCUUAUCACAAACCAACUUGAAAGAGUUGCGCUCUGACACAAACACACGUCUUUGCAGCCUUGGAUUUUCUCAGACAGAAUCAGAAGUGUAUUAUGCUCCACUUUGCGGAUGAUACAAGAUGAUUGAAGCAAAAAUUAUUUUGCAAACUUCUGAUUUCAUAGUAAUGCUUUAAAGUGAAUAGCAGCAAGCCUUCAAUUUAUCAUGAAAAGAAUCUUAAUGGUUCAGAGAAGGGAUCAUAUCUCACCAAGCUAAUAUUAACAUGUUUAAUUUCCAUACCAGUGUUCAUUUUCUCUCUUGUUUUUAAAUUAUCACAAUACAAUAUGCAUGUAUCUCUAACAAGGAAAAACAAAUCAUACUUUUCUAUUGCUACAUACCUAGUAUGGAUAUUUUACAUACAUAUGAAAUAAAACAUCUAUACAAACA